AGCCUGAAGAUGAAGAGUCUUUUUUACACCAGAUUGGUGUGGAGCCGAUAAGAGAAAGAGCGGGUUGGAUGAGGCAGGGUGUUAAAAACCCUGAAGAAAGAAGAUUAUCCCCAAAACAAGAACGGCAAGGGUGGAGCUGUUACCCUGGUGUGAUCCUCGAGGGGAAGUGUUACCAGUUCUUCAGAGCGGCAAAGAAGGCUUCAGAUGCUGAGUUCUUCUGCCAGGAACAUUUCUCCGGUGGCCACCUGGCCUCCAUCACGAGCCAACACAUCCACAGAGAGGUGAUGAACAUGAUUCUGCGGCAAAACGGGGCCCUGACACGCACCUGGGUUGGAGGACUGCGAUAUUUGAAGACCGGCCGCUUUGUCUGGUUGGAUGGAUCCCACUGGGGCUAUGCUGAUUGGCUGUCAGGGGAGCCCAAUCACACAGCAGGCGUGGAGGAGUGUGUGGAAGUGCUGCCAUACGGAAAUGGGAAGUUCAAUGACUUCACAUGCUGGGAGCCUCAGGCUUUCAUCUGCUCCUUCCCUCAUUUCGUCUGAUUUGAUGCAGUUUGUUACUUUUUCUUUUAGUUUAAAAUCACAUCUUGAAAAGCAAAUGUACUUAAUGACUUAAAGAUGACAUCAUGUAUCGAAAACUAGAAAAUCAGGACUUUGCAUGUUGAAUAUUACAUUCAAAUAUUAGUUUUUUUUAUAACAAGGAUAUAAUAUCCUGUAAAUAAAGAAAUCAUGUUAUUUGUUGUUCUUGAGCUUGUUGUGAGUAUUACCAUUUUGAAAAAA